GAGAUAUUUUGUCACAGGACCCAAAGAAGCACGUUGAAAUGUUUUUGGAAGUUGUUAGCGGUUGAUAAAAUUAAAUACUCCCAAAAACAACAGUAGUUAAAGUAAACACUGCGAUUUUAAAGACACUGUAACAAGUAGUCGUCAGCAACUUUGCAGUUUAAGACAAGCAUGGCAUCUUCGCUGGUAGUUCCUGUCAUUGAUGUCCAGAAUGAAAACUUUAAAGAGCUUUGGCCUGCUAUGGUCGUGGCUAUUAAAACGGCGUCCUUCGUUGCACUGGACACGGAGCUGAGCGGUCUUGGGAACAGGAAGUCCUUGCUGGCUGAAUCCAUUGAGGACAGAUACAAAGCUAUAUGUCAUGCAGCUCGGUCCCGCUCCAUCCUCUCGUUGGGAAUCGCCUGCUACAAGAAACUUGAUCAAAAGCCUGCAGACUCGUACCUGGUGCAGGUGUAUAACCUCACCCUUCUAUGUUCAGAGGAGUACAUCAUAGAGCCCCAGUCAGUGCAUUUCCUGGUGCAGCACGGAUUUGACUUCAACAAGCAGUACGGCCACGGAAUCCCAUACUGCAAGGGCAACAAUAAGGGAGGUGCAGAUGACCGCGGCGUUCACAUCCGAGCACUGUUCACUGAGCUGCUGCGUGCUCGGAAACCCCUGGUGCUACACAAUGGUCUCAUUGACAUGGCUUUUCUGUACCAGAGUUUCUAUGCUCACCUGCCUGAGCGCCUGGCCACCUUCACUGCUGACCUGUCAGAGAUGUUUCCCGCUGGGAUAUACGACACCAAAUAUGUCACAGAAUUUGAGCUUCGACUCUCUGCCUCCUAUCUUGAGUACGCCUACAAGAAAUGUAAGCUGGAUAAUGGUCGCAGUGUGGACUCCGGAACAAAUGGACCUCAUGUUCACAUAGAGUUCUGUCAGUAUGCUGGUCACAUGUCCACCUAUGUGGACUACAGGGAGUCUCCAGCUGUCGCUUCUGUUGAGGAACAGACUGACAUCUGUCAGCGCUUCUCUGCAUUUGGUUGGUGUCCGAGUGGCACAAAGUGUCCGUUAUCCCAUGACACAGACCGCAUCAUUCUCCAGGACGAGAAAAAUAAGGAUGACAAGUGGAAGAAAAGGAAGAGACAGAGAGAGAAGAAGAGAAGUGAAGGAGAGGGCUCCUCCAUCUUUGAUGGUGCUCCGGAAAAUAAAAUCCCCAACAUGGAAGUGGAUCCAGAAGAUCCGCCAGGAGACCAGCGAGGGACAGUUGCUGAGAUGUGCCCAGAUGGUUUGCCAGCAAUGGACAGUGAUGGAAACACCCCACAGAGUGAAGGAAAGAGCUUGGCGACUGACAGCAAGGGGAACAGUGUGUGUGAUGAGAACAUAACAACAGCCUCAAUUGAUGACAGCCGGAACACAAAAAACAACACAAAUGAUGGAAAAAGUGGAGAAGUGAGUGGGACAGGAGCAGGGAGAGAAAAGACGAAUGACUGCUCAGCUGGGAUUGAAACCCAGAAGAAGAAUGCUGAUGCAGGGACACAUCGGGCAGGAUUUGACGCCUUUAUGACAGGAUACAUCUUCGCCUACUCCUGUACCGUCAUCAGGAAGGAAGAAGCUGGAGAAGCAGACAAGGAGCAGGAGGAGGAGGAGCAGUCGUGGCUUCCUACCUGUCUUAACAAGGUCUAUCUGAGCGGCAAGGUAGCGCCUCUCAAUGUGGUAAAGAGUACCUUCUCCAAAUCGUCCAAGGCCCACAUGCAGAAGAUGGAGAUGGUGUGGGGCAGAAGGUGUUAAAUUUUGUCUCUCUUGGUUUGUAAGGAAUAAAUCCCACAGACUUGGACUUGAAUCCAGUGACCAUUGGGGAUGUUUAUUGUUUGAAAUAUAUUUGCUUGUAAUUGACCUUCUGUAAAUGCCAUGGUUCACCCAAAUCACGUGGUCUCCAUACUUGGUCAAAACCUUUGUCCAGAUCAAAUGAAACCAGUGUCAAUAUAUUAGUUUUUCCUUCAGCCUCAGCUUAAUUUGUGUUAUUUCAGUGUUGGCAUGCUAAGUCAUUGUCAGCAUUUAGGCAUAUGCAGUUAGCAUUUAGCCUUAAACACAGCAGCGCUAAGCUGUGAGUGAACGGCAGGUUGACUCCUGACUGUGAAUGAGAGGACAGUUCUGGUGUAAUCAUCAUUUUAUCCUAAUGGGGAAAUGUUCCUGGAGGAUGGAGGAAUUGAUACCACUGACCAAACUCUCAUAGAUCACCACCUUCUAAUGCAAUCAUUAAUCCAUUUUUCAAAUAUUACAUUUAAGAUCCCUUGAGUAUCGAGGAAUUAUAACAACAAUGGUGAAUGAGCACCCAGUUUCUUAAAAUCAAUGCAGCUUUGCGUUUGAAAAAAUAUCCCAUAUUAUGCUUACAGUUGAUUAAAAGAUUAAAUGUGUUUUUCUGCUCUUAAAA